CUGUAGUGUAGAGAGAUCUUUGCUCUUUCUCAACAAGCCGUUUGGUUGGAUAGAAUCCUUCUCCAGGCUUCGAAGCCGGAAGUGGGGAGUGAGGCCGGCCACCGGCGACAGAAAGCCAUGGCGGCAGCUCUUCUGUCCCUCCCAAGCUCCGCUUCCUCCUCCUCCUCCACGCUCCACCCCAGGGGCAAGAGCACGGUCGCUGUAGGAGCGUGCACUCCAUCAUCCAGGAGGAGAGCCCGCAUGCUAGUUUCGUGUUCUUGCACGCCCAGUUCAGGGAACCGCGGGCUGGAGAGGAGGCACCUUGUGCUGUCCGGCCUCGUUUCCUCUUUCGCAAUUGUUCUCCCGGUUUCAGAAUCCUAUGCUGCUGCCGAACUGGAUGACGAUGUGAAGAUGGCUAUGCUAGUAGAUGAGACCAAUGCAUAUUCUUUUCUGUACCCAGUUCAAGUGCCGGGAAAGAAAUCCUCAUUCAGAUGGGUAGAGUCCAGGAAAUCCGAGCGAUAUUCCUCUGCGGCGCCACUAUCUCCCGAUGCGCGGCAACGGAUUGUGUCGGAGCGACUCGACAUGAUAAACAAUGCUGUCAUCUCAGUCUCGAUUGGGCCGCCAAGUUCACGCUUUCUGCCUUCGAAAGACAAGACUACUUGGGCUGCAAAGGAUGUUGCUGAUUGCGUUUUGUCUGACAAAUCUUCAUUGAAGGUAACGACAAGCCAGCGAAUGGCGGAGAGUUCUGUCCUUGAUGCACACACUACAGACGUUGAUGGACAGCCAUACUGGUUUUAUGAAUAUAUAGUUCGGAAAUCACCAACAAAAUCUGCACCAGAACCUAAUCUGUUUCGGCACAAUGUAGCAUGCACUGCUGAGCGAGACGGUUAUCUGUACACAUUGAAUGCUUCUACUCUCAGCAAGCAGUGGGAAUCUAUGGGACCUUUGCUGCAAAAGGCCGUGGCAUCUUUUCACCUUCUUCCCCCGACAGAAAAAUAUGUCCCCCCUUACCAGGAUCCUUGGAGAUUUUGGUGACUUGAUUGUUCUGGCAGAUUCAAGUAUUAGACCAUAUUUCUUGUAAUAGAAGUUUCAGUAGCACUUUCAGUUCUACAAACAAUGACUUGAGACUUAGUUUGAUUUUGCCAAUCAACUUUGAGUUGGCUGUUUUGAGUAAAUGAGAUGUGUCAACUGUCAAGUGUACCCCAGAGCAAUAAACAGUGCAAUUACCAUUA